UUUGAAUCACCGCAAUGCUUUUCAAAGCGCACUGUAGAUUUGUGUGUUUGCUGCUUGUGGUUUUACUGAAGACGUGUGUGUAAAAUGCAUGUGUAAAGUGGAACACAAUCACAAAAGCGAUCACACCGCUAAAAACAACAGCAGCAGUGUGUGUUUCUGUCCUCAUCACCUUUUAUACCUGGGUCUUUAUAUGACCUGUAACAAAAACAUCACUCUGUUUUCAGUGUCAGAGCCUCGUGGAGAAGCGAGCGGUGAAGAGGAACACAUAGAUGUGUGUGAGGAGGAGAGAACAGAGGAGAAGAGUUCACCAAACCAGUUCAAUCGAGAAAUGGCGAGUUCAGAACUUACCAAUGGGAGCGCAGAGGAGUCCAAGCCCGGCCAAUCAGAGAGCGAGGAGAGGGCGUUCGUCAUGAACCUGUACCAGUUUAUGAAGGAAAGAGGCACGCCCAUUGAGAGAAUUCCUCAUCUCGGCUUUAAACAGAUUAACCUGUGGAAAAUCUACAAGGCUGUGGAGAUACUUGGAGGCUAUGAGUCGGUGACGACCCGGCGGUUGUGGAAGAACGUGUAUGAUGAGCUGGGCGGAAGUCCGGGCAGCACCAGCGCCGCCACCUGCACUCGCAGACAUUACGAAAGGUUAGUUCUACCUUAUGAAAGGCAUCGGAGAGGAGAGGAAGACAAGCCACUUCCUCCAUCUAAACCUCGUAAACAGUACAAGAGGAGUGAGGAGGGCAAGGGCAAAACCGAGAGCAAGAAAAGACGGAGGACAGACGGAGAAGACCCAGAGGAAAUUCUGAGAGGCAGUCACCCCUGUGAGAGAGGAGUGUGUCCUCACUCUGCACCGUGGCAAGUUUCCUCGGAGCAUUCAGACAGUGACCAGGUCUCACCUCAAGACAUGUGCCUCAGAGAGAAGCCUCUUCCGACGCUAGUCUCUUCCCUUGUUAUUUCCCCUCUGGAGAAGAAGAAGCGUCUGGCGCAGGCGAGCUUGAGCGUAGCGCCCCCUGCUGCCCUGGAGGACGGAACAGAGCCUGAGAGACCCUCGGUGAUUCACCUGUCACAUUCGUCCACGCCUUCUGGACGCGUAAGCCACACCUCUGAGGGCUCACCCCUGCCUCUGUCCUCCCCCUCCUCCUCGCGGAGCCCCUCCCCUUUCUCCGUUUCCUCCGAGGACUGUGUGGCCGUGCCGACCCAGAAGACGACACCUCCGGAAGCAGAGAAGCAGAAGCCAGCACGUUUUGGAGCUUCGCCUGAAUCUGGAGUGCGCGUGUGCCAGCCCUUACCCUUCGUCCAUUACCCCUGCCCCAAAGACGCGUCCCCGCUGUCACGCCCACUUCACCAGAACUUCUUCAACGUCACAUCUACAAUACCAGACAAAACCCAGAGACACCCAGGGAUCCGGAUACCCGGCCCCGCGCCUCCAAGCCCAGGCUGCUGGGUGCCGUCUGCCUCGAGCUUCACCAAGGUCGUCCCUCGCUCCCAUGAUCCCUGGAGGCCUGUGUCAUUACAGCCGCUAUACAAACCCCACGCUCCGAAUUCCAAGAGGCCAAGUAGCGCUGAGGCCUACGUGAAGAAGAUCCCAUCUCCUCUACGCUUCCCAGAACGAAAGGACAAAUCCAAGAUGGUGGUUCCCAAGCCAGUGCUGACCCAACAGUACCUCGUGCACCAAGCCGGAAUGCCCACCUCGCCGUACCUGCUGUCAAGUUUCGAGCGGUCCAGACCGGAGAUGCUAGAACAGAUGAAAGCUUUACACCUUCAACCUGUCCUCCUCCCUCAUCUCAGCAUUCCUCCGUCCCAGACACAUCCCACACACCCCCUGCAAGCUCCCUUCCCCGCGCCGUACGAGGCCACGUUGCGUCCGUACCCAUACUCAGUGCCGGUCUGGCAUACACCCGCCGGGUACAGCGUGACAACACUGCAACCUUAUUAACCCGAACUGCUCUUAUCUCCUGGGACUGUCACCUGUUUCGAGUGGUUACAGCUUGAAGCGGGUCAUGGUCAAAAUAAUGUAGCUUAAGUUUGGCAUAAGAAAAUCUCACUGAUUCAUGAAGGUUCCUUCUGAUAGUCACUCAGCCUCAUUAUGACAUUGUACUUCCACUAUGAUGACUUGAAUCUCUUGACAAUUUUUUUUAACUUUAUUUGUUCAGCCCAACUUAAAAUACAGAUUUAAUCACAUCAGCUGGUCAUAAUUUCAGUCUCCGAGUACUGAACAAUCUGUCGGUUUUAACGCAGGUUGAAACUGAAGGUAGCAUUUCAGAAGGAAUAUUUUUCCUAGUAAGAGUUUUUUUCUCUCUCUAUCUGAUGAUGUGAUGGAAAAGUCUCAUUUUUAAGCACUGAAUAAGAAAACCAAAUGCAGCCGCUACUAAACUGUAAGAAACUAGAAGUAAUAAUAGUAAUAAUUAAAAAAAAAAAAAAAAAAAAGAGUAUUGGCAAUCCAUUACUUCGCACUACUGACUGAAUCCCUGUGUUUAAACUUUCUCCAAUGAAGUAAUGUGUUUGUUAACAUGUGUAUUUGUACUGUAUAUAUAAUAUUUUAUUUUCUAUUAAAUAAAUUUGCUUUGUAUAAAAUUCCUCCCAGGUUUGACAAAGGUGUUAUGUAGGUGUUAUGUACUGAAACAACUGGACUAUUAUGAUACACUCCAGUACUUUUAAUGGAAGCAAUCUAAGUAAAAAUGAUUGAUCGUGUAGGAACAAUGUUCCAAAAGGCAAAAAUUGCACCAGUUGCUAUUGCUUUGCUGUUGUUUGACACCUAUUGCUUUGCUGAUUAUGCUGCAAGGGCAUCGAACAAAUGUAUAGCUGUUUUGCUAUUGUUUUAAUGUUGUAGCGCCCCUUAUUGGCCAAAGGGCUGACUCUGAGUCUCUCUCUCUCUCUCUCUCUCUCUCUCUCUCUGUCUCGCUCUCUCUCUCUCUCUUCAUUAAUAAAACAAAAUAUCCCAAUACAUGAUACAUUUCUGAAUAUCCUUAAAGUGUUAACUGUCUACAU